CCACCAACAGCUGAUCGAUCAGACCCUCUCGCAGUGAUUUCUGUGUGGGGGCAAGAACAGGUUUCAGUGCCUUCCGUUGCGGCAGAGGACAAAGGUUGCUCCGACCCAGCUGAGCCGUACAGAGCCAACGAAAUGACCUUCCUGGAGUUUCUGCUGCUCCUGCUGGUGCUGUACUAUGUGGGGUACGUGCUCCUCUGGAUCCUGCUGGACUGCAAUGUGGCCCUGUGGUACAAAUCCCGUUUCGGCGUCUCGUUGUCGUCGAUGCGCGGUCAGGUGGUUUGGAUAACUGGUGCCUCGAGCGGAAUUGGCCGCGCUUUGGCGCUCAGCUUAGCCAGGCAUGGUGUGAAACUGGUGCUAAGUGCCCGGCGACUGGAGCAAUUGGAGCAGGUCCAAGAGGAGUGCCUAGCUGCAGCUCGAGGACUGCUGGCCACCAAGGACGUGCUGGUUAUUCAAAUGGACAUGCUCGAUCUCGACGAGCAUAAGACGCAUCUCAACACGCUGCUCAAUCACUUUCAUCGGCUGGACGUCCUGGUCAACAAUGCUGGCCGAUCCCAGCGAGCCAGUUGGACGGAAGUCGAGAUCGAGGUGGACCGCGAGCUGUUCGAGCUGGAUGUCUUCUCGGUGGUCCAUCUCAGCCGCCUGGUGGUGCGCUACUUCGUGGAGCAGAACGGCGGUCGAGGACACAUCGCUGCCACCUCCAGCAUCGCCGGCUUCAGCCCAGUGCCAUUUUCACCCACCUACUGUGCCGCCAAGCACGCUCUUAAUGCUUACUUGCUCUCCCUGAAAGUGGAGAUGCGCAAGCUGGAUGUGUCCCUCUUCGCACCGGGACCCAUUGCCACCGAUUUCCUGCAGGAGGCCUUCACGGGCGCGCAGGGCGAAAAGGUGGGUCUGAGUACGGCCAAUCAGAAGCGGAUGACGGCCCAGAGAUGUGGCGAUCUUUUCGCCGUUGCCUUGGCCAAUAAGAUGGACCUCACCUGGUGCGGCCUCUUCCCCGUCAACACCUUGGCCUACUGCGCCCGGAAUCCCACGCUGAGCAAGAUCCUGGCUCAGUUCAUGACCGAGAAGACGCUAAACAAGAUUCGCGAGGGCAAACUGUGAGCUCCAAUGAGCCGCGCCCUUUCCUUGUUCCCUUUCCCUUCUCCCAACGGCUCUCAGUCAUCUUUUAUACUCUUGUAUAAUGCUUAACUAUAUACUAAAAUAUAUAAAUAUGUGCACAAGA